GAUUCUUAAAGAGGACCUGAUACUUUGAAUGAGAAUAUUGCCAUCAUGAGUCAACAAGGUUAUGUUGCAGCUCCUCCAUAUUCCCAAUCCCAGCCAGGAAUAGGAGGCUUUUCUGCAGGUUUUGGACCACCUAAUUCUUCACUUCAUUAUGGGCAUUAUGGGGACCCUAACUCCUCAUACUCAGCACCUCAAGCAGGUGUGUCAAAAUCAGCUGUGCCUUUUGGAUCUUCAGCUCCUGUUGGGCCUCCACCACCUGGUACACAUCAAUUCAGCCAGACCAGCUUCCAAAAUGGGCCCAGUACACCAGGGCAACAGCCACAUAGGUUUCAAGGCCCUCCACCUCCAAGCAAUACAGGACCUUCCUACCCUCCCUACAGUCAUCAGUCACAACCAGCCUACCCAAAUACUGCGUCCACUUCAUCUACAGCACAACUUGCUAACCAGGUCAACAGCAUGCAGAUAAAUAGCUAUGGUCCUGGCACUACUCCGAGUUCUCGUGCAUCUUCUGGACAUCCAGCAUCUUUUCAGGGUCCACAACUACCACCACCACCACAGCAGCAAAUCACUUUACCGCCUGGAUCACAGAUUCCUCCACCAGCAAAUAAUGUUAAUGGCCUUUGUGCUCAGCCGUCAUUGUCUCCUAUGGCCAGACAAGAUGGGAUCCCUGGACCUGUCCCCCCAAAUCCUAACUUGCAGCAGCUUUCAGGACAGCCUCCAGGGCCUGGAUAUCAUCCUCAGCAAGGGAACUAUGGUCCUCAGGUGGCAGCGUCUCAGCUGUCUUAUCCUGGUGCUUUUCCUGGGGGUCUGGCACAGCUCCCAGGUCCACAGCAGAAGAAGCUUGAUCCUGACUCUAUUCCAAGCCCAAUUCAAGUAAUUGAAAAUGAUAAGGCCUCUAGGGGAGGGCAGAUCUAUGCUACAAACACAAGAGGACAGGUUCCUCCUCUUGUCACCACAGACUGCGUAAUCCAAGACCAAGGUCACGCCAGCCCUCGUUAUAUCCGAUGUACUACCUACUGCUUUCCAUUGUCUUCAGAUAUGGCCAAACAGGCUCGCAUUCCUUUGGCAGCUGUCAUCCAGCCUUUUGCUAUUGUUCCACCAAAUGAGACACCUCUUUAUGUUGUGAACCAUGGUGAGACUGGACCAAUCCGAUGCAACCGGUGCAAAGCUUAUAUGUGUCCCUUCAUGCAGUUUAUUGAAGGUGGAAGAAGAUACCAGUGUGGAUUUUGCAAUUGUAUAAAUGAUGUCCCUCCAUUCUUCUUUCAACAUCUGGACCAUAUUGGACGACGGGUAGACCACUAUGAAAGGCCUGAGCUGUCUCUGGGAUCUUAUGAAUAUGUUGCUACUUUGGAUUAUUGUCGAAACAACAAGCCUCCAAAGCCACCAGCUUAUAUCUUCAUGAUUGAUGUAUCGUACAGAAACAUAAACAGUGGCCUUGUUAAACUCAUAUGUGAUGAACUGAAGACACUGCUAGAUAAACUCCCAAGAGAAGAGCAAGAAGAAUCUUCAGCAAUUCGAGUUGGUUUUGUUACUUAUAACAAGGUCCUCCACUUCUUUAAUGUAAAAAGCAGCUUAGCUCAGCCUCAGAUGAUGGUGGUCUCAGAUGUUGGAGAAGUUUUUGUUCCUUUGCUGGAUGGUUUCCUUGUCAACUUUCAGGAAUCACGAUCUGUCAUUAUCAACUUGUUGGACCAGAUUCCAGAGAUGUUUGCAGACACUAACGAGAGUGAGACUAUCUUCGCUCCUGUUAUCCAGGCUGGCAUGGAGGCACUGAAGGCUGCAGAAUGCGCUGGGAAAUUGUUUAUUUUCCACUCUUCAUUGCCAACUGCGGAAGCACCAGGGAAGCUGAGAAACAGAGAUGACAAAAAACUACUCAAUACAGAUAAAGAAAAGACACUCUUCCAGCCCCAGGUAAAUUCUUAUGAGGCCUUAGCCAGGGAGUGUGUGGCCAACGGCUGCUGCGUGAAUUUGUUCCUCUUCCCAAAUCAGUAUGUGGACGUAGCCUCCAUGGGUCUCGUCACGCUGUACACUGGAGGAACGUUGUACAAGUACAACAAUUUCCAGCUGGAUGCUGACAGCCCACAGUUCUUGAGUGACCUCAGGAAGGACGUAGAAAAGAAGACCGGAUUUGAUGCAAUAAUGAGGGUUCGGACAAGUACAGGCUUUAGGGCUACAGACUUCUUCGGUGCUAUUUACAUGAACAACACCACAGACGUAGAGAUGGCAGCAGUUGACUGUGACAAGGCAGUGACAGUGGAGUUCAAACAUGAUGACAAACUGAAUGAAGACAGUGGAGCCCUAAUUCAGUGUGCUGUCCUGUACACAUCAAUAGGCGGGCAGAGAAGACUUCGCAUACACAACGUGGGUUUAAACUGCAGCUCCCAGUUAGCGGAUGUCUACAAGACUUGUGAGACUGAUGCGCUUAUCAACUUCUUCGCUAAGUCAGCUUUUAAAGCUGUUCUGAGCCAACCGCUGAAGACGGUCAGAGAGAUCCUGGUGAAUCAGACAGCUCACAUGCUAGCGUGUUACAGGAAGAACUGUGCCAGCCCGUCGGCAGUAAGCCAGCUCAUCCUUCCGGAUGCCAUGAAGGUGCUGCCAGCCUACAUGAACUGCCUGUUGAAGAGCUGCGUGCUGGUUGGCAGACCAGAAAUUCCCACGGAUGAGCGAGCCUACCACCGCCAGCUGGUCAUGUCCAUGGGGGUAGCAGACACCCAGCUGUUCUUCUAUCCCCAGCUUCUGCCCAUUCACAGCCUGGAUCUGAAGAGUGACUGUGUCCCAGCUGCCGUCCGCUGCUCUGAGGAACGUCUCUCGGAAGGAGGAGCCUUCCUUCUGGCCAACGGUCUGAGCAUGUUCCUGUGGCUGGGAGUCGGCGCGCCCCCCGAGCUCAUCCAGGGGCUCUUCAACGUGCCGUCCUUCGCACACAUCAGCACCGAGGCUACGUCACUGCCUGUCCUGGACAAUCCCUUUUCUAAGAAGCUUAAGUCAAUACUGGAGCAUCUCCAGAGCCAAAAGCCCUACACUAUGAAGCUGAUUAUAGUGAAACAACGGGAGCAGCCAGAGAUGCUUUUCCGACAGUUCCUAGUAGAAGACAAGAAUAUUUAUGGAGGAGCUUCUUACAUAGAUUUCUUAUGCUGCGUUCACAAAGAGAUCUGUCAGCUGCUCAGUUAA